UCACCCUCCUCGCGCAAGGACUCAGUGCUUCUUCAUCAAUUAAAGCGCAGUUCACGUUUCCAUUCGACUGUACGACGCCGAGUACCUGCUCACCGAGUUACACUUAUGAAGUCUCCCUGCAGCACAGCCGGCAUGGGAACCCAAAGAAAGGACAGCUUCCUCUGGGGGAAAGCACCUUCAGCUUUCAAUUCAAAUGACAAGAGGCAGACGGACGUCCAUAAGCAUGUGAUUCUAGAUGAUAUUCAGAAACUCAGGCUGGAGAUUGAAAACAUGAUGUCAGAAAUUCAAACGAUGGAGUCCGAUGAUGAGAAUAAAAAUGUAAUGAAGAACAAGAGAAUCCAGUGUGGAAAAAAGAAGUUUAACAUGGACCCAGAAAAGGGUAUCCAGUAUCUUGUGGACAAUGAGCUUCUGGAGUGGAAACCAGAGGCGGUGGCAGAGUUCCUCUAUAAAGAAGAAGGCCUCAAUAAAACAGCUAUUGGCAACUUUUUAGGUGAAAGGGAGGAGAUCCAUCUUCAGAUCCUGCAGGCCUUUGUUGACCUUCAUGAGUUCUCAAAUCUUAAUCUAGUUCAGGCUUUGAGGCAGUUCUUGUGGAGUUUCCGUCUACCUGGCGAGGCUCAGAAGAUUGACCGAAUGAUGGAGGCCUUUGCUCUUCGGUACUGCACCUGUAACACUGGGGUUUUUCAGUCCACAGACACCUGUUACAUCCUUUCCUUCGCUAUUAUCAUGCUCAACACAAGUUUGCACAACCCCAAUGUGAAAGACAAGACCACACUAGAACGUUUCAUCAGCAUGAACAGAGGAAUCAACCAUGGAGAAGAUCUGCCUUAUGAACUACUGGAGAAACUUUACGAGAGCAUUAAGAACGAACCCUUUAAGAUCCCAGAAGAUGACGGCAAUGAUCUCACUCACACCUUCUUCAAUCCUGACCGAGAGGGCUGGCUUCUAAAAGAAGGUGGCAGAAUAAAGACCUGGAAGCGGAGGUGGUUUAUUUUGACUGACAGCUGUCUCUACUAUUUCCAAUAUACCACUGACCAAGAACCAAAAGGAAUCAUCCCACUAGAGAAUUUAUGUGUUAGAGAAGUGGAUGAUGCAAACAAACAGUUCUGUUUGGAGUUGUUCAGCCCUCAUCGUAAAGGAGAGACGAUAAAGGCAUGUAAGACCGAGACAGACGGGAGAGUUGUGAUGGGCAAACAUCAGUCCUACAGACUCAGUGCUGCUUCUGAAGAGGAGUGUGCUGACUGGAUCCAGGCCAUCAGAGCUUGCAUCACAAAAGACCCUUUCUAUGACCUGGUAUCUGCACGCAAGAAGAAGAUCAUCGGCCACGCUGAACAACAGGACUGAAGCUGACCGGUGAACUGAGGGGUCUGACCGUUUAAACAGCUGCGCACAGACAUGGAGACAGAGGACUGAAUGAGCUGGAAAUGAUGAAUGAGGUUCUCAGGGUGCUGAUUCUCUCUCUCUCUCGCUCUCAGAGGUCACCGCUGCUGUGUGUGCAGCCUCAGGAGUGGCUUACACAGUGGUGUUGUGGUCAGGCUUUCUGUGAAAAAAUAUUUUCCUAUUUAUUUAACGCUUAUGAGAAAUUCAAUUUUAUUUGUGAAAUAUCCAUGUCUAAACAUGAAACCGUUUUGUAUAAUGUUCCCGGUCACUGUAGAAUUUGUUUCUGUUUCUGUUUAAGGAGAGACACUGCAGGCAAAAACACAGUUUUUUUCAUUAACCUGUCUUUUUUUUAGAUCCAAAACAUCCAAAAAACACUGUUAAGUGUUUCUUUUAUUGCACUUUAUCUAUUUGUGCCAAUAGUGUUUAAUUACAAUACAUAUUUUUAA